GUUUUCAUUCCUAACCGGGCCACGUAUUUGUCAAGUUCUUAGUCGAAUUGACAUUCCAAAUUCUUUCGUGAAGGAGAUAUUCUUAUAAACAAAGUAAAAUGGAAACUAUGCAACGCUACGUUUCACCCGUGAAUCCCGCCGUAUUUCCACAUCUGGCUACGGUAUUGUUGACAAUAGGCACUUUCUUCACCGCCUGGUUCUUCGUGUUUGUGGUAUCACGCCCGAGGAAUUCUAAAGAAAGUACUCUGUUUAAGGAGCUCUCCAUAAGUCUAUGCGCCUCAAUAUUUCUCGGUUUUGGUGUGGUUUUUCUCAUGCUUUCGGUUGGCAUAUACAUAUAAAUUACAAUCAAUUAACAUGAAGAGUUUCCGCUGUAAAGAAAAAAUCAAAAACAAUUUCCCCAGUUGAAACACUUUAUGGAAUUAUUUUCAUGCGAACGGAGUUUUACUAUGUACCAUUCUUAUUUCAUAUUUUGUUCGGAAAUCUUAGUAAAUAAAAUUAAACAUUAAA